CUGCUCCAAUUCACAGAUGCGCUUAAUACGACAAUCUCAACUGCUCCAAAGCAACAGUUAACGACAACGAUUCCAUCAGCAAGUCAUGCUCAACAUGUUCAACACAGUCAACAUCCAAACAAGAAUAGAUCAUCUUCACUUGCACCAAACGACAUUCUGUCAUGGAAAGAGCAUCUGCUAGCCAGGUAUCGUGGUUGUUCGUCAUUGCUGCUCAAUAAUACAGGGCGUAUCUCCGAAGCGGAACGAAACGAACUGGAAGCAUAUCUCAAAGAUGAAAAUCUUGCCGAAUACAAGUAA